AUGGCAAGCGCAGACCUGACCUGGCUGAUCUUUAGAAACAACUCUUCUACACUUCUGAAGAGGAGUAGACAGUACAUGAGUCUGGAACCCAACAACUUGAAGGGUUACAACUCUUUCCGCUACAAUGGACUGAUUCACCGCAAGACAGUUGGCAUUGAGCCAGUUAAGGAUGGCAAGGGUGUCGUCUUGGUGACUCGUAAAAGCAAGGGUCUUCGCAAACCCGAAAAUAAUCUGACUCGCGUGGAGCUAAAGAAAGGCUCACGCAGCACUAUUGCCACAAUACGCAGAACUCUGAGGUACAAAAACUACCGCAAGGAUUUGAUCAAUGCGGCCGUUAGACGCACAUGUGCUAUCAUCCAGAGCCAGAAGCCCGUAGUUAUCAAGAGCAAAGCCCGAACUGCCAAAAAGGACUAG